GCUCCCGCGCGCUUGAUCUUCGGCGGGAACCGUUGCUCGCGCCGAGCUGGCUCCGGCUUCUGGAGGCUCUGAGGUCCUCAGUUCCCUGACCGACCUCGAGUAGCCUGCGAUCAUGCCGAGGCCCGUGCGGAAUAAGAAACCAGUCAAUUACUCACAGUCUUUGGACUCAGAUUAUGAUGAUGAUGAUGAUUUUGCUCCUUGGACAGCAACUUCAAACAAAAAAUCAAAAAUACCAAAGGAAACAAAACGAGAAAAACAAGAGAAACCAAAAUCAAGAAGCAAUCAUAAAGAAGAGUCUCCACUCCAAGUGAAAACACCUAGUAAAAGGAUGGCCUUGGAUGACAAGCUCUAUAAGAGAGAUUUAGAAGUUGCAUUAGCAUUAUCAGUGAAGGAACCUUCUAUAGCCACUACUGAUAUGCAGAAAUCUCAAGAUGUUGAAAAAUGUGAUACUGCUGAAUCUGAAAAAGUGAAUAUUUCUCCUCACCUCUCUAAUUGCAGUAUAGAUGGUGUUUGCUUCAAUUUAAAUAAGAUUACUGAAGAAGAUGAUUCUCAUGCUAGUCAAAAACCAAGAAAAGCUGCAUCCAAAGCUAUGAUACAACAAAGGAAGUUACUUAGUGAAAAUAGUGAAGAUGAUAAUGUUACUGACUCUGAGCCAGACUUUACAAGUGAAAGUGAUUCUAAUUUCAGUGAAAGUGAAGGGGAAGAUGAAGAUUUUACUACAAAGAAAAAUAAAGCCAAAGAAAAUAAAAAGAGAAGUACUAAGAUCAAAACCCCAGUGGAAAAGAAAGAGAAGAAAGCUUCUAAGACCUCUCAUAAUUUGGUAGCUUCAGUGAUUUCUCAUCCAGUACCUGUUGAAUUAAAACCAGCAUCAAAAGAAGCUUUUCUAUCUUCAGAGCUUGCUAGGAAGCCAUUGCAAACUUUAAGUCCUUUAAUUGAAUCUAAGAGGCCCAGAUGGGUCCCACCAGCCUCAUCAGGAAGCAGCAGCAGCAGUAGCAACAACCGACUUGGAGGAGUUUCUGUCAAGUCUCCCAGUCAUAGCCUCAGACUUGGCCUGUCCAGACUUGCAAGAGUUAAACCUCUCCACCCAACUGCCAGUAGUAGCUGAAAAUGGUGGGAAAGAGAUAGAUCUUUAAUAGACGAAUUCUAGUUUUGAAAGAUUGUUCUUAUUUGAAAAGGAUAAUGAUAAUCUAAAUACAGUUCUUUUCAAUUUCAUGCAAAAAUUCUUAAAUUCUCAAAACUUGAUGUUGCCAAUCUCUUUGUGAUUCCGAAGAGAAGUUUGCAAAGAGCUGUUUUCUAAUCAUUUCCUUCUAAAGAAAACAUAUUUAAUUUAUAAUAAUAAGUAAAGUGAUAUGAGUUUUGGAAGUACUAAAUGUAUGAUGUAAUGUUGUAACAGUUGUAUACUUAUAGACAAUUAUGACUUAGCAUAAUUUAUGUCAACAUAUUUUUGUAGAGUUUAUUGGGAAAGUGAAAAUUAUAAUUAUACUUUCCUUUCUUCAUGUAACACAUUUCACGCAAGCUAAUUAAGCUACAUCAUCUGUUUUAUUGUAAGGAGAUUUCAUAUUUUUAUAAGCAAAAUAUUUUUUGUAAUAAAAUGUGUAACUUUCAUGUUUUUAAGUAGUUGUUGAAUUGUGACUUAUAGCUCAAAUUGCAAUUGUGUAUAAUGUAUAAAUAAAUUUUCAUAACAAUUUAUGAAGUUUCAAUAUUGUCAAGCCCCUUCCUUCUAGAGAAAAGAUGAAUAAAUAUGAAAAUAGUGA